AUGGAAGAUCUAUCAACUGGAUCUGAGAGUGACUACUCUAACUCCUGGAUAUCAUGGUUCUUAUCGACAAAAGGAAAUGAAUACUUCGCAGAAGUAGAUGAAGAUUAUAUACUAGACAGGUUCAACUUGACUGGGUUGAAUGGAGAGGUAGUACAGGAAUACUCGAGGGCUUUGAACUUGAUUACAGAUAAUUUGGACGAAGAAUCGCUAGAUGACGAUGUACGAGAGGCAGUAGAGACUUCAGCUAGAUUCUUGUACGGGUUGAUUCAUGCUAGAUAUAUCGUUACUUCGCGCGGGUUGUCCAAGAUGCUUGAAAAAUACCGUAAAGCAGAUUUCGGACGAUGUCCUCGAGUGUACUGCUAUCAACAACCUCUCUUACCCGUCGGUCUCUCAGAUAUACCUUAUCAAAAAGCUGUCAAACUCUACUGUCCUCGAUGUGAAGAUAUCUAUUCACCCAAAUCAAAUCGUCACGGUUCAAUCGACGGAGCAUACUUCGGAACCACUUUCCCUCAUAUGCUAUUUAUGGUUUACCCACAGAUGAUACCUGGUAAAGGUCAACCUGUCGGUUCGUCAUCAGUUGCAGACGUCAAUAGGAGUUUGGCAAAUCAACAGAAAGAUAAUACCGCUGGACCAAGUUCCUUAGGUAGUGGGGCGAUAUCGACAUCCGGAGUAGCUAUUAAAGCGGAAAGGUACGAACCUAGGAUAUUUGGAUUCAAGGUCAAUGAAGAUGCUAAGUUGUACAGGUGGAGAACGGCAAAGAGAGAUGCCCAAAUCACACGACUCGAGAAUCUGGAAAGAGAACAAGGUCAAACGAAUCUAUAG